AUGCCACUUAUCACAGAUGAAGUCCCCAUCGCCGGGCCUACAUCGAUGGCUAUUACCUCGGGAUUAUCACUCAGAGAUGAAUCACUGGUGUCGACAAUGAAUCAUGCCAUUGGGUCAACGGGCUUCUUUAAAUACAGCCAAGCUGAGCAAGAGCUAAUCAGUCUCAUCCCAAGUCAACGAGAUGCGCUCUUGAUCUGCACGCAUACUAUGGCGUGGGUCAUGGAUUUCGCCCAACCACCGGGUACAUUCUGGCGGCCCAAGGAGCCAAUCCCGAUCAGAUUACCGCACACGGUGGUGGGCUCUCACAUUUUGAUUGUUGCACAGAUGCUGCUAUACUUUGCCCUCUGCCUGCAACAGCUUCCUCCAGGCUUUGAUAGCGCCGAUUUGGAUAUUGGAAACCCAGAGGAGACAGCCCAGUCUUACAUCCAGGCAGUGACUCGUGUAGUAUUGGCGAAUGACGAGUUGGCUUGCUCUGUUCAAGGAGUCGAAUGCCUUUCUCUGCUAGGGAUGAUACACAUAAAUGAGUUUCAUAUUGGAAAGGCUUGGUCAACAUUUAGGCGAGCUCUCGACCUUUUGCGUCUCCUCGGAUUUCAUUCAAGUUACUCUACUUCAAACCAGGACCACUCACUGGACCUCGCAACACAACGGCACCUCUGGCUUUCUGCAGUUAUGGGAGAUUGCUUCUGCAGCAUGUUUCUCGGAUUUGAAACUGCGAGCGGUGCCAAACCAUUCGCGGAUAUGAACUUCGUCGAUUCAGUAGGAGAGGAUGUCAUCUACCACCAGCUAUGCAUCCUCUCCAUCCAACUCACAGGCUCCGAUCGUAUUGGCCCCGAUGACAAGCUCCGUGAUACCUCGAUUAUCAACCAAAAUCUUGAAAGACUAGAAAGCUCAAUGCCUUCCUCGUGGUGGAAAGCACCAAAAAUGCCUUACUCUCGAUCUAUUGAAGCAGCCAGAGACUAUGAGCGCCUUACUUGCCAAGUGUGGUUCCUCUCGCUAAGGCUACUAACGAAUCUCCCUUUUAUCAAUGAGACGGAUUCAAACACAAAGAAGGGCGCCUUCAAAGAGCUUGCAUUAGAGGCUGCGAGGAUUAUUCUUCACCGACACGAGCAACUUGUUCACCGUGCCGGAAAUACCCAGCUUCAUUGUCGUGUGUUAGACAUAGCCAGCUUCAUUGCUGCGGCUACCAUUAUCCUAGCCCACGCCAUUUCAUCGGGGUCCGGUGCACGACAAGGCUCUGAUAUGACACUUGCAGAGGGCACUGCUGAUUCAUUCACUGCAAUCAGCCAAAACUGCCCGAGGGAAAAGGUCGCUAAACAAGGCUCUGAGGCUCUCCGAGCGCUCCUGAUUGCGGGUAUUAAAGGGGGUCACGAAGAAGGCGAUGCAUCCUCGAUCGCAAACGGCGGGCAAUCAAACGAGCUGUGUCCAUCAACUGAUAGACAUGAUGGUGCUCGGGAAUUGCUGUCCAGGUUGUUUCGCAAAUACUUGGCACACAGUCCAGAUGCCAUCGACCUCAUUGACCAAGCACUCAAUCAGAAGAAAUCUGAGCCGCUGUUUCCCAUUGCCGAAGCCAAUCUUCUCGAUUUUCUCUUAAGUGACUAG